CUAGGACUGCACAAUAUUUAUCAGCUGACCCUACGGAAAAAGUAUGUGCUGAGAGUUGACCUGGGUGAUUUUGACGGUAACAAGACUUACGCCAAGUAUGACGACUUCGCUCUUUCCCCCAACGCUAUCAACCCAGAGGAGGAUGGGUACAGCUUGUACGUAGAGGGGUUCACUGAUGGUGGGGCAGGGGAUUCUUUGACUUACCACAAUGGAAUGAAAUUCUCUACAUAUGACAAUGACCGUGAUGUCUACCUGCAGAACUGUGCCUCCCUCUCAGCUGGAGGGUUCUGGUACCGAGCUUGCCAUCUGGCUAACCUGAAUGGGCCAUACCUACGAGGAGCCCAUCUGUCCUAUGGCAGCGGAAUCAUCUGGUCUCAGUGGCGAGGUCUCUAUUAUUCCCUGAAGUCCACUGAGAUGAAGAUACGUCGUGCAUGA